CGAGGAUCAUUUCGAAAAAUAUCGUAGACUGGGUGACUUUCCUCCGGAAUAUAUCUCUCUUUGACGAAUCGUGCGUCCUUCUGCCCGGUUCUACUUCCCAUCGUCUCUCCGCUCACGGCGACCUCCGACGGCGAUGGCGAGGCGCGAGGCCGACGCCAUUCCCCUCUCUCGUUUCGGUGUCCUCGUUGCGCAGCUGCAGUCGAUCGUCGUCUCCGCUCGUCAGCAAACUCCCGAUGCUCUUCUUUGCUUCGAUCUCCUCUCCGAGCUCGUUGCUUCAGUCGAAGAAGAGAGUAAGGAAGCUUUACAGCAGUGGCAACGUAAGUGUGAGGAUGCUCUCUAUUCAUUGCUUAUUUUAGGGGCUCGAUGCCCUGUUCGACGGCUUGCCUCUAUAGCAAUGGGAAGAGUUAUUCAAAAAGGUGACGGAAUUUCUAUAUACUCAAGAGUGAGUAGCCUACAAGGAUGGCUAGCAGAUGGUAAAAGAAAUGAGCCCCUUUCUUGUGCAGGUGUUGCACAUUGUUUGGGAGAAUUGUAUCGCCUGUUUGGACGCAGGGUUACUUCAGGGUUGACAGAGACAAUCAACAUAGCUGCUAAACUUAUGAAGUUCAAUGAGGAUUUUGUGAGGAAAGAUGCAUUGCAAAUGCUUGACAAAGCAUUAGAAGGAUGUGGUGGUAGUGGACCCUUUACAGCUUAUUCAGAAGCACACCGCAUUGUGAUGCGAGUGGGUGUAACUGAUAAAUCAUUCAUAGUUAGACUGGCUGCAGCCAGAUGCUUGAAAACAUUUGCCAACAUAGACAGUCCUGGAUUAGGACCUGCAGAGCUUGAAGGUUCUAUUGUGUAUUGCCUCAAGGCUCUUGUUGAUCCUACUUCGUCUGUUAGGGAUGCUUUUGCUGAAGCCUUGGGUGGUUUGCUUGCUCUUGCAACGAAUCCGGAGGCACAGGUAAAGCGAGGGAAUAAAAUUACUGUUCCUGCACGGAAGUUGGAGGACAAUUUACAGAAGCACUUUAUAUUACCCUUUGUUAAAGCAAGUGGGAUACAUGCAAAGGACAUUCAAAUUGGCCUCACAUUAUCAUGGGUAUUCUUUCUACAGGUUCUUCAUCAAAAAUAUCAUGUCCUAGAAAAUGAACUUCAAAAUUAUGCUUUACUAGCCAUGGACAUUCUUAAAGGAAACGAUCUUGCAGAUCCUCAUGCACUGGCCUGUGUUAUAUACAUUCUUCGUGUGGGCAUAGCUGAUCAAUUGACUGAAUCUUCUCAGCGCAGUUUUCUCAUUUUUCUGGGUAAAAAGCUAGAAUCUGCUGAUUGCAAUCCACCGAUGAGCGUCGCUAUAUUGCGAAUCCUGUCUUAUCUUUUGACUAACUUGGGGGAGGUUCCUCUUGAAUUUAAAAAUAUCCUUGAUAACACAGUUGUGGCAGCCUUAUCCGAUUCUUCAUUACAGGUACGCAUUGAAUCUGCAUUGACAUUGCGUUCAUUGGCAAAGGUUGAUCCCACUUGUGUUGGUGGAUUAAUUUCAUAUGGUGUCACAACUUUACAUGCGCUGAGAGAAGGCGGGUCUUUGGAAAAGGGAACAAAUUUGGAUCUUGAGCUAAACUCUCUGCAUGGGCAAGCCACACUCUUGGCAGCGCUUGUUUCAAUCUCACCCAAGUUACUUCUUGGAUAUCCUGCAAGGCUGCCUCAUUCAGUCUUUCAAGUUUCAAAAAAGAUGUUGAGUUCCUUCAGUCGUAACCCUCAAGCUGCAAUUGUCGAAAAAGAGGCUGGCUGGUUGCUUUUAGCUUCUCUUGUAGCAAACAUGCCAAAAGAGGAAUUGGAGGACCAAGUUUUCGAUAUUCUUUUACUUUGGGCUGGUCCCUUUGCUGGAAAUCCAGAAGUUUACUUUAGGCAGACACAAGAUUUGGCAGCUGAACUGCUUGUGUUAUCGGCUGCAAUUGAGGCACUCACUGCUUUCAUAAGAAGCUUUGUUUCUCCAGAAGUUGCAACUCAAAAUGGAGUUCUUCUACAACCAGUAUUGGCAUACCUCAGUGGAGCUUUGUUCUACAUUUCAUUCUUUUCCACAAAGCAAUUACCAAAUAUGAAGUCAGCUUUAGCACUCUUCACAAUCAGAACACUGAUGGCAUAUCAAUCUAUUCCCAAUCCUAAGGCCUAUCAAAAUGAUCAUCAGCAAAUUAUCGAAAUAUGCACUUCUCCAUUUAGUGAUCCUUCUGCUUAUGAAGAAAGCUCAAGUUUGAGAGCCUUGUUAAACAAGAAGGAAGCAUGUUUGGGCCCUUGGGUACCUGGGAGUGAUUGGUAUGAAGAUGAACUUCGAGCUUUUGAUGGUGGUAAAGAUGGACUAACACCAUGUGUUUGGGAUGAUAAUAUUUGCGUCUUCCCUCAGUCAGAAUCAAUGUGCAAACUAUUAGUUAAUCAGAUGCUUCUAUGCUUUGGCACCAUGUUUGCAGCCCAGGAUAAUGAAGGAAAAAUAGCACUACUUAACAAAGUUGAUCAGUGCUUAAAAACCGGAAAGAAGCAACCAUGGCAUGUGGCCACAGUAACAAAUGCAUGUGUUGGCCUACUGGCUGGGUUGAAGGCCACAAUUGCAUUACGGCAGCAGACACUAAUACCUGAGAUUUUGACCAUCAUCCAGGCCAUCUUCCAGGGUAUUCUUGCAGAAAGUGAAGUUUGUUCAGCUCAACGAAGAGCAUCCUGUGAGGGUCUUGGUUUGUUAGCUCGUCUUGCAAGUGAUAUCUUCACUGCAAAGAUGACUCGGUCACUUCUUGGAGAGCUCGGAUCUCCGGUUCGAACACUGAUUGAUGCUUUCUGGUAUAUGGAAUGCAGUGCAGGGGGCAUUGCACUGAAUACUCUGGUGACUUCGGCUGUUAAAUCAAUAUCUUUAACAGCCAAGAGUUCAAAUGCUUACCUGCAGUUAUGGUCUUUGCAUUCGCUUCUAUUGAUCAUUGAAGCUGCUGGGUUAUCGUAUGUCUCUCAAGUGCAGGCAACACUUUUUCUUGCAAUGGAGAUCCUCUUGGCAGAGGAGAAUGGAUCGGCGGAUCUUAGGCAGGAGCUAGGACGCCUUAUAAAUGCUAUAGUUGCUGUUCUUGGUCCUGAGCUUUCUCCUGGAAGUACAUUCUUUUCUCGUUGCAAGUCUGUUAUUGCAGAAAUAAGCUCUUGUCAAGAAACAUCAUCCCUCAUAGAAUCUGUUAGAUUCACUCAGCAGCUUGUACUUUUUGCUCCACAUGCUGCUUCUGUGCAUUCUCAUGUUAGAAACCUUCUCCCUACUCUAUACUCUGGACAGCCUAGUCUUCGUCAUCUUGCUGUAUCAACUCUUCGCCAUCUUAUUGAAAAGGACCCGGUGAGAAACUCAUGGUUUUGUUUUGCUAUUCCACCUUUUGAAUAUCACAAGUGCUAUCAAGUUCUCAAUUGUGUUUUGCUGUUUGAUGGUGACAUAGGACAAGGCAACAAUCGUCAAGUAGCAAUGGAGGCUGCAACUGGAGUGGGAGGAUGCACAAGUUGUGCCAGCAAAGAGCAGUGGCAGAGGAGCACUGAGCCACUGUUUUCUACAUUCAUAUUCUUUCUUUUAUUACUUGAAUUGAGCUCUUACACAUGGAUAAUCAAGUUGGACAUUCAACCUUAUAUUUUAAUGUUGCAGUUUGGUGGUACAUUGGAUCCUGAUCUUCCUGGUCACCUCUUGUUGGAACAAUAUCAGGCUCAACUAGUUUCUGCUGUUCGAACUUCAAUAAGCACAUCUUCUAGUCCUCUUCUCUUGGAAUCUGGUCUAGAACUAGCAACGAAGAUCCUGACUAGCGGAAUCAUUAGUGAAGAUCAGAUUGCUCUUAGUCGAUUGUAUGCUCUGAUUUCUCGUCCACUUGAUGAUAUUAAAGACUUGUGCUAUCCAUCAUUUGCUGAUUGGGUUGCAUGCAAGAUUAAGAUUAGACUUCUGGCUGCCCAUGCUUCCAUAAAGAAUUAUGUCUAUCAAUUAUUGAAAGAGAAGAAAGAUAUUCCUAAUGGGUACCUGCAGUUGGUACCAUUAUUUUCUUCCAGCUCAACAAUUUUGGGGAAAUACUGGAUUAGUGUUCUUAAAGAUUUUACCUAUAUGUCUUUUGGCUUGCAUUCAAAAUUUUAUUAUAAACCAUUCCUAGAUGGGAUUCAAUUUGCAGUGGUUUCUUUCGAGGUGAAAAAGUGUCUGAAUGAAGUUUGGGCACUAAUUCUGCAGGCAAUUGUUCUUGAUGUUGUACCUUUGAAGUUCAAAACAGAAAAUCCUUCAGAAUUAAAUACUAAAGUGUCGGAUAAACAUCUGUCCUUAUCUGGUUACAGCAUGAUUGGCUUGGAAAAUGAGGAGUUUCAUUUUAUGUGGGGACUGUCACUGCUGAUUUUGUUUCAAGGGCAGCAACUUGUAUCAGAUAUGGAAGUGUCAUUGUUCCCUCCUGAUGAAAAGAGAAAUCGAUGUCCCGUGUUGCAAGGGGGGUCUCAUUUUAUGUUGCCUUCCUAUGAGAUUGCUCUAUCUGUAUUUCAUUCUCUUUCAACAGAAGCUUUUUUCCAACAUGAUUUUAUUUCACCAGAUCUCUGCGCCGACAUCUUUCAGAUUCUUGUGUAUGCUCAGAUACCUUACUCUAGGGGUGGCCUUGUCAUAUCUUUACUGUCACAGAUAGUCCAGUUCUGUCCUGAUACCUUUUUUGAGCUGGAAAAUUUUACUACGUCAACAACAGAGCUUUUUCUCAAGUAUUUUGUAAUAACAUUUCAAAGAAGCAAGAAUGCAAAUUUUCAGUCCAGCGGCCAGGAUCUGCUUGCUGCCUUGUCCACUGUUUUUAAAACAGUAGCAUAUAGGACAAAGCAAAAGAUAAGGUGGAAAUUGAUAGUGGCAGUUAUGUCACUCUUCUAUCAAUGGUUUACUGAUGCUUCAGAUGGCCUAGGAUUGUCAAAAUUUGCCUAUUUUCUUCAAUAUAUGGUGCCUACAAUUAAAGAUUUGCUAAGAUGUUGCCUCUCCUUAUUUGCCGUUGAUGGUGGAAACUACGAUGAGGAAAACAACCUUCAAAAAACAGUCUUAGGAUCCUGGGCUGAUGUCCUCUUAUUUUUAUCUGGCGAAUGCAUUAAAAGGAUUUUGAUUGUGGACGACAGGAUAAAUGAGUCUUCUAAACUUCUAGCCAUGAUACUUGUGUUCUGUUUAGAAGAAACUGUAGCUUUGGCUAGACUAGUACAUGAAGCUCAACAACUCUCAGAAAAUAGUGCAAUUGAUGGUAUGCUCUUUUGUAGCAUCGUGCACAACUUCACCAACUGUAUCAGCAAUAUUAUCUCUACCAACAAUAUGCAGGUUCAGGCUUUAGGACUUCAUAUGCUGAAAACUAUUGCACAAAGAGAACUUGCUGAGGACUCGCGUCGGAGGGACCAUUCAUUUAUUCUACUCUUAUCUGGAGAAUUACUAGGGAUUCUUUUUCUUUUCCUUGACAAAACACUCAAGGAGCGAGUAAAAAGGGAAUCUCUAGCUGUCACAGAGGAGUGCUUGAAACUGCUUUUCAUCUUUCACACACUUGCACAAGGAAGUGAACAUCAGCAUCAUUUCACACUGCUUCUUCUGGAAGCCUUACAUCUUGUUUUCUAUCAAUCCAAUGAAUGCCAUGCAGAGGUACUGAGUGGCAUUAAUACUACUACAAGGAGGAUGGUUUCCCGUCUUGUUCAGAUUCCUACAGCUGCAGCCCAUAUCAAAGAUGCGAUGUUAGAAAUGCCUGUUCUGCAAAGACAACAACUUCAGGAGAUGAUUAGGGCUUCCAUUAAUCCACAAGGUCAGAUGACAAUGCAGGUCAAAUUACCGGACACUAAGGUGCAGACUUUUGAUACUAUACAAGCACUAUCUGAAAAGCAAGAGGUAAAUGAAGAACAUACUUAUGAUGGUGACACUAAAGAUGAAGGUGAAGAUGAAAAUGAAGAUGAAGAUGACGAUUGGGAUAACUUCCAAUCUUUUCCUGCUGAUACUGCACCUGCUUCUGCUGUUGAAUCACAUGAUGGCAGAGCAAGAUCAGAGCUAGCUUCACUUGAUCCAGCCAUCAAGAGUCUGCCUCUGGAUCAGAAUAGAGGUCUUGUCCAUGAUGACUUGCAGCUUAAUAUUUCUGAAGAGGACAGUAAUGCACCCCCAAAUGCCUCACCUGGUGAAGACAAAGACAUUAACGAUACACAUGAUGCAUCACCUGUCAAAGCCAAAGAAACCACAAACCUUGUCACGGACAAACUUAAGGAAGACUUGAGUGUUUCACAAACAGAAAUGGUCGUACAAGAUAGUUGUAAAAGCAGUUAUCAGGAUCUCCACCAGUGUGCCCAGAUAAAUGAAGAUGGAUUUUCAAAUAUAGGGCAUAAUUCACUGCAACCUUCAACUCGAAAUCAUUCAUCUGAGGAAGUGAGCGAGGAACAAAGUGAACUUGUCAAUGAUGAUGAAGCUACAAAAGAUAGUGAAGCUUACGUUGAAAAAAAUAGUGGUGAUAUGCUUUCUGCAUCUGUAGACACUGAAAAGGACAAUUACACCAAUGGAGACAACUCCAACCAUUCACAUGGUGUACUGAUAGCUGAAACGGAUAAGCCAGAUGAGGUUGGUAGCACGUCCAAUGAUAGAAGUGGAUUUGAAACUAAUGCCAAAGAGGAAUUGAAAGAGCUAUCCGCUGGUUCAUUGCAACUUUCUGAGGACAUCAAUGAACCAGCCAAUGACAUGAAAGUGGAAAGCACCUAAAUUAUGGAUGAUACUCAUUUGCUAUUCAAUUUUUUGUUGUUGCCAAUGUGCUAGAACUUUUAUAUAGUGAUUUAAUUCUGCAAAAGCGAAAUCAUUUUUGUAGUUCCAUAUGUAUGUAUGUAUCCUCAUAACUGGCGUUAUAAGAUUACGUAGGGCCAGGGUGGCUGACAGAAUGUACAUGACUUGCGAAUUCGUUUCUCUGAAGUGUUUAUUGGUUCUUGUCAAUGAAGGAUGAAAUUUGAUGUGUA